AUGGCAACAGCGUAUUCUCCUAGUGCAAUCAUUAUCGGGGCGGGCCCUAGCGGUAUUUCACUUGCGUAUCGACUGAGGCACGAACUGGGGUUUGACGACUUUUUGAUAUAUGAAAAGCUAGAUGGUGUUGGAGGCACUUGGAGGACGAACACUUACCCUGGAUGCGGAUGUGACCUCCCAUCCCACUUGUACUCGUUUAGUUUCAACCUGAAUCCGAACUGGUCGAAGGAGCUAUGCGAGCAGCCAGAGAUUCUGCAGUAUAUUGAGGAUACUGUGGACAAAUUCGACCUCCGCAAGCAUGUCAUCACCUCGGUGGAGUGCUCCGGCGCCGUAUGGGAUGAAUGUCGCGAAGAAUGGGCUGUCUCUUUACGUGAUCUCAAAACAGGACUGAGCUUUGUGCGGUAUGCGACCAUUUUUGUGUCAGCCGUCGGGGCAAUUUCCUUCCCUCGGGAUGUGAGGUUCCCGAAUAUGAACCAAUUCCGAGGCCCGAUAUUUCACACAGCUCGAUGGGACCACUCAGUCGACUACAGUGGCAAGCGAGUGGCAGUUAUUGGAAACGGCUGUAGCGCCGCUCAAGUCGUACCUGCGAUGGCUGAGAAGGCCUCUUUCGUGCAACAGUAUGCUCGUAGCGCUCAGUGGUACCAUCCUCGUCCAAAUCAUCAUUUUUCCAGAGUGGAAAAAUGGGCUUUCCGCUGGAUUCCCUUGUUACAACGCUGGCUCCGCUUACGAAUUUUUCUCAAGGCAGAGACGGAGUCAAACACCUAUUUCCCGUCCCCUGAAGGGGUGAAAGCCCGUAUUGAGGCAGAAAAAGAAUCAAAAGAGUAUAUACUUUCUAAAACGCCAGAGAGAUACUGGGACUUUAUUGUGCCCAACUUUCCGCUUGGAUGUAAGAGAAGAAUAUUUGACCCAGGCUAUCUUGAAUCUCUCCACCGGAGCAAUGUCUCGCUCCGAAAUGAGGGAAUCAAGGAGUUCACUGAAUCAGGAAUUAUUGGUUCCUCCGGUGACGAGUAUCAUGCGGAUAUUAUCGUCCUCGCGACAGGCUUCCAGGUGUCCCAGUUCCUAACUCCAAUGGAGAUAGUGGGAAGACGCGGAGUUUCAUUGAAUAAACAGUGGGAAGAGUCCAGAGGGGCACAGGCAUACUACGGUACACACGUGCACAACUUCCCGAACAUGGGCAUAAUCUUUGGACCCAACGUUUUUCCAGCGAACAACUCAGCCUUGUUUGCCUGCGAAACACAGGUUUCAUAUGCAGUCAAGUCGCUUUUCAUACCUAUCCUGGACCGCAGGGCUCGUGUACUAGAAGUGAAACAAUCAGCAGAGGAAAAGCACACGAACCUUAUGCAACUGCGACUAAAGGACACUGUGUUUUCUGGUGAUUGCUCAAACUGGUACAUGGGUAAGUAUGGCCGGAACGCAGCAUCAUGGCCGGCUAAGGCGGGUAGAUUUUGGUAUGAAACCUACUUCCCUGAUUGGGAUUCAUUCACUUGGAGGGGUGGUUUCUCUCUUUGGCCAGUCUACCGGAUACAGAGAUGGCUGAGGGCAUAUCCACGAAUAGGUGAUCGGGCAUUGUAUUCUUCUUAA